AAUGUGCUCAUUGUGUAUGCCCACCAGAGUGCAACGUCUUUCAACGCUGCUGCUCUGGAUACAGCUGUGAAAACACUUCAGCUACAGAAGUGUAAUGUGGUGGUUUCUGAUCUCUAUGCAAUGAAGUUCAAAGCUUCAGCCACUGCUGAAGAUAUAACUGGAACACUGAAGAACCCACAGAACUUCCAGUAUGGUGAGGAAAGCUUGCUGGCAUGGCAAGAGGGUCGGCUCAGUGCUGACAUUGUUGAAGAGCAACAAAAGGUGAAGGAGGCAGAGCUUGUUGUAUUCCAGUUUCCCAUGUACUGGUUUACUGUGCCUGCUAUUCUGAAGGGAUGGUUUGACCGUGUGUUCACACAAGGCUUUGCCUAUACACCAGAGAAGAUGUAUACUGAAGGCAUCUUCAAGGAUAAGAAAGCAAUUUUAUCCUUCACAACAGGCUCCUAUGAGUCAAUGUGUUGUCCUGAUGGCAUUAAUGGUGAUAUCAAUAUUGCACUCUGGCCACUACAGAAUGGCAUCCUGCACUACUGUGGGUUUCAAGUCUUGGCCCCACAGAUAUUCUGGGCUGUUGAACAUGUCACUGAAGAAGCACGUCAAAAUAUGCUGGAGGGAUGGCAGAAGCGUCUGGAAGGUCUUCUGCAAGAGAAGCUACUGACUUUUGCACCCUUUACAAGCUUUGAUGUUGGGGCUGGAUUUAAGCUCAAGAAGGAAGUGCAGGAUUCAUUGGCUACAUGUGAAUUUGGUCUGACUGUUGGUCAUCAUGUGGGGAAACCACUGCCUCCUGACAACCAACUUAAAGCAACUGUAUGAUGUGAAUUGAGUUUCUCAAAAUAAAAGC